AUGCUUGAGGCUGCAAAGCACAGCACUUGCUCUCCUAUCCACUUGAAUCUCCCUUUGUGUAGAGAUUUCCAAAAGGGAUACAUGACAAAUCUGAAGAAACAUGAAUCGUGUAGGCUGUUUAUGUUGGCCAGAUUCAACAUGUUUCCCUCGGUGGUAGUGAGAGGAAGAUACUUAGCUAUCCCAGAAUCAGAGCGUCUCUGCAAAUGCAGAAAACAGGAACCCGAUACUCUAGAGCAUAUAUUCUUUUCCUGUGAUUUUGGUAGUUAUGCCAGAAAACAAUUAUUUGAGGCCCUAAAAGUUAAUAGACAGAUCUUUACACAACCAACUGUUCAGGACCUGCUGGCGGACAGCGAUGAUCAAAUUACUUUAAUAGUGGCUGAAUUUCUAAGUGCUGUCCAUGAAGAAAGAAUGGGCCAUGAUAAAGAGACUUAG